AUCAAAUAUUCUCUCUUGCUCUCCUCUAUACAAAGUACAAAGUUCUCGUCAAUGGCAGAGGCAAUUCAGAACACCAACGUUUUCUCUUCCUCAAAGAAGAGGAUGAAUCCCGACGACUCAAAUCGGGACGAUGAUAUCAUCGCCAAGAAACUACCAACAAAGCCGACAUGGGAAGACCCUGUUAUGGCGUUGGCAAAUGCUCGCCAUGAAUUUGGUGAACACGGUGGAGUUAACAUGUCCAUCGAAGCCUCCGCCACCUUCACCGUCAUGGAACCAGAAACACUCAGCCGCAUGUUCGCCGGAGAGCUAGGACCCGAUCGCGAUUUCUUCAUCUACAGCCGCCAUUUCAACCCUACCGUCCUCAAUCUCGGCCGUCAGAUGGCGGCGCUGGAGGGAACAGAGGCGGCAUACUGCACGUCUAGCGGCAUGUCCGCCAUCUCCUCGAUUCUGUUGCAGCUGGUGAGCAGCGGGGAGAACAUUGUGGCGUCGCAGACGCUUUACGGUGGCACCCACGCCCUUCUCACCCAUUUUCUUCCGAGGUCGUCGAACAUCACGACGACGUUUGUUGACAUAAGGGAUUUGGAGAAGACGAAAGAGGCAAUCGUUGAAGGGCGCACCAAGGUUUUGUACUUUGAGUCCAUGUCUAACCCAACGCUCACGGUGGCUAACAUUCCGGAGCUUUCCAGGAUUGCCCAUGAGAAAGGUGUGAUGGUGGUCGUCGACAACACUUUUGCGCCGAUGGUAGUUUCUCCGGCGAGGCUCGGUGCCGACGUCGUAAUCCAUAGUAUCUCCAAGUAUAUUAGCGGCGGGGCCGACAUCAUUGCUGGGGCUGUAUGUGGUCCGGCAAGUCUCCUGAACUCACUCAUGGAUCUUCACCAAGGAGCUUUCAUGUUACUGGGUCCCACCAUGAACGCGAAGGUUGCAUUUGAGCUGUCGGAAAGAAUCCCUCAUUUGGGUCUCCGGGUAAAAGAGCACUGCCACCGGGCGUUGGUGUACGCCCAAAGGAUGAAGAAGAUGGGACUGAAAGUCAUCUACCCAGGUCUAGAAGACCACCCUGAUCACCUUCUCUUGAAGUCGAUCUCAAACAAAGAUUAUGGUUAUGGCGGGAUGAUCUGUCUGGACAUGGGAACCGAAGCUAAGGCCAACAAGCUGAUGAAUCUGUUGCAGAACUACACUCAGUUUGGGCUCAUGGCUGUUAGUCUCGGCUACUAUGAAACCCUCAUGUCUUGCUCCGGUAGCAGCACAAGCAGUGAAUUGAAUGAAGAGGAACAGGCGCUCGCCGGAAUCUCCCCUGGUUUGGUUAGGAUGUCAAUCGGCUACAGUGGGACCCUGGAACAAAGGUGGGGCCAGUUUGAGAAGGCACUUUCGAGACUUCAAGAACCUGGAUUGUUUGGAAAGAACUAGAUUUCUGAUAUGAAUGUAAACAUCUCUGUUCUAAGUUCUGACUUAUGGUUUAUGUCCAGCUCUUAUGGAAACUUUUUCAGUACUUGAUUUUUAAUGCCAUUGCGUUAUAAGUAGCCUCUGGCCCUGCAUUUGUAUAUAUUUUCAGCCUAAGGGUUGCUUAGUUGUAACCCAUUUCUGCUUGGCUUUUAUCAUCAAUAACAUAAGUUUGUUGCUUUA